ACAGAAAAAAGAAACAUGUUUAUUUCUUGUUCCUUAGGUUCCAAGUGUAAAUGUAGUUCAGUGCCUACAUGCAGCAGCACACAAGAGCUGGUUACUGUAAAUGUUUCUGGUCAAUGUUGUCCGAACCUUAAGUGUGUGAAAAAGAAGAAUGACUGCAAUGUGGUUUACAGCACAGUCACAGUUCAGAAGGGACAAUGUUCUGCUCAGGUCCAGAUUCCCAGUUGUUCCGGCUUCUGUUCAUCUUCUCAGAUCUUCACUCCAGAGGGCAAAUGGGAAAGUCAAUGCUCUUGCUGCAAGAAGGGCAAAGUCACACCUAUGUCUUUCACUCUCAAUUGUAAAAAUGGAAAAACAAAAUCCUACUCAAUCAACGUACCCCAAACCUGCAAUUGCCAAAGCUGCAACUAAUAAAUCAGUAUGAAAUGAGCCUCAUUGGAUGAAUGCUCAGUCCAUCUCACAGAAAAACUCAACUUUUAUAUUGUUGUACUAAAUUUCUAAUUUUAGUUGAAUGUUAUCUAACAUCAUAGUACUUUCUCUGAUAAAGUUUUGCUGAGUUUUCUGAUACUCUAUUGAACAAGUUCAAGUUUAACUUCUUUACUUAACAUUUCUGUAUUUUGUAAUAAAGUAGACUGUUGAGUCAUUAGUAUACCCCUGUGUUUACAAAUGUACUUCUAGGUAAUCUAUGCUUGUACAGCUCACAAAAAUACUAAAUCUACUGAUCUGUUUCAAGUUCAUCUUUCAAUAAAAUAUUUCCACUGCAAAGUUGUUUUUAGGAUCUGUUGGUAAUUUUAAAACUGACAGGUGAAUUUUCCAGACUAUGGGCCACAAGAGCAACCUCUUUAUAUGUGCCUGUGCACAUUCCUUAGCUGGUCACUCCACUCUUAAGUCUUUAUCGUGCCUUAAUGCUGUUUGUGUAUUUAAAACAUUAUACAGGUACUUUUGUAUUUUGCAAUUGUCUCUCGAUUUGUAAAUGUAAUUAUUUAAUUAAAAUAUAUUUGAGCAUGAAACUCU